AUGGAGCCCAGUAGUGGUGUUGGCAUCAAACCGCGGCGAGUAGCCUGCAGAAAAAUCAAGCGUAAUAAAACAUUUGGACAUAGUUUUCUGAUCUACAACUUGCAAGCUUAUCAUGAUCCCUCAGAUGAUGAGGCAUGUGGACUGGGAAUCAAGAAAGGAAAGAUGACGUCUCAGACCAUCAAGAAUGGUGAGAGAACAAAUCCAGUCCCAGUGAUUCCAUUUUGGCUGGAGAUCUGGUAUGUCAUUGGUAGUAUUCUGAUUAUUCUUUUGAGUGUUCCAGUCGGUGGGCAACAGGACCCCACGAAGGCAGUGGUCACCUUGCACCCCCCGUGGGUCGAUGUGUUCCAAGAGGAAGCAGUGACUCUCAGGUGUGAGGGGCCGCGUGCGCCUGGGGACAGCGCCACCCGGUGGUUCCUCAACGGCACAGCUCUUCAGACCUCGUCCCCCAGCCACAGCAUCACGAAUGCCCUUGCCAAUGACACUGGGGAAUACACUUGCCAGACGGGACUCUCUGUACCAAGCGAGCCGGUGCAGCUGGGCGUGCACAGAGAUUGGUUGCUGCUCCAGGUCUCUGGCAGAGUCUUCACUGAAGGGAAUUCUCUGACCUUGAGAUGUCACGCAUGGGAGAAUAAGCGGAUACACAAUUUGCUUUUUUAUCAAAAUGACAGAACUUUUAAGUUUCUUCCUCAGCCAUCUGAACUCACCAUUCCAAAUGUCAACAUGAGUCAUAACGGCACUUACUACUGUUCAGCCAUGGGAACGCAUCGUUACACAUCAGCAACCGUGUCCAUCACGGUGCAAGAGCUGUUCCCAGUUCCGGUGCUGAGGGCAUCCCUGCCAUUCCCCAUCCUGGAGGGGAGUCCGCUGACGCUGAGCUGUGAAACCAAGUUGGUCCCCGGGCAGCCUGCUUUGAGCCUUGUCUUCUCUUUCUACGUGGGCAACAAGACCCUGCAGGACAGGAACGCGUCCUCAGAAUACCAGAUCCCAAAGGCUGGGCAGGAGGAUUCUGGCGCCUACUGGUGCGAGGCAGCCACAGAGGAUGAAAGAAUCGUGAAGCACAGCCCUGCCUUGCAGGUGCAAGUGGUUGGCCCCCAGUUGUCAAAUCCUUUCUGGCUUCAUGUCUUUUUCUAUCUCGCCACGGGAGUAAUGUUUUUGGUGAGCACUGUCCUCUGUGCGACAAUACAUAACAAACUGCAAAGAAUGAAAAAGGAGGAUGUCGGCAUCUCUUUGUCUUCUGAUUAUGAAAGGUAUGAAACUCUCAAACUGCCUAAAGACUCCCAUUUAAAAGAAGAGCUGAAGCUCCAUGAACAAAAAGAAGACAUGCUACAAGAAGGGGACCACCACAAGUGCCAGGGAGAGCAGGAGAACCAUCCGCAGUCCGUCCCCACUGGAGUGGAGCUUGGGCACACCUGUCCUGUAGCUGAAUGACAGCCCUCUGGGCCAUAUGGCCUAUAACUCUUAAACAGAGCAAAUAAGCAGCCUGAUUUUAAUUGAAAUUAUUUUACACAUUUGAUACUCAAAGGGGAUUGGAGCUGACAUUUAAAGAUAUCUUUAAAAAUUUGGAAGUCAAAUCUAGCCAUGAUAUUUGAUAUCAUGGCUUUGAAAACCAGUGUUUUUGAGAACUAGAUAAAAAAUAAUUUCUACAAUUUUACAAGAGAUUCAGACACAAAAAGAUCUAGUGAACCAGAGUAAAGGAGACCGAGAAAAAGGGAGGGAGCCUCUUAGCUGGACAUCAGCGGGGACUAAGGGAGCAAAGAGGGACUAGAGCCUCCAGAUGACUCCCCGGGGACUGUGCGGGUGAAAGCCCCCACAGCUCUGUGUUCAGGAUAGCAGCAACUCCACAACUCUUCCCUGUCAG